GCUUAGCCCCGCACAGCGGGCAGCGCUCUCGCUGCCAAGCCUCGCCUGGGAAGGAGCCCGUGCGCUGUGAAUGCGCCAAGACGAGUGGAUCCACGCUGGGGUGAAGGCUCUGCUGAAGGAUGUCUUGCCUGCCCACGUGUAAAUCAAACUGCUCCCUGUCUGGGCUCAUCCUGCCGGGCAGCACGGGAGGAGGGGGCAGAAGUGACCGGCGGAAAGGCAGGCGUGCUUUGGAGAGCUGCUGUGAAAUAACAUAAGGUCAAUUGUAAGAAGCCAAGCACCCUUCCUCCCCUCCCCGCUGAUCGGAUUCCUUUUAAAGUGAAGCUUGCUCAAUCUCUGAAGAUCAGAUCUCACUGAUGACUGGGAAAAAAAGAGUACCCAGGAAAGCACUUUUACCACGGACUCCGCCUCAGGAGCACCAGGAACUGACUUUCUAAAAAAUAUCUGUGCCCCUUCUGUGCAUACCCAAUGUCUGCUGCAAUGGAUACAGAAUCAACAUAUUCGGGAUACUCCCACUACUCAGGUCACUCCAAAAAAGCUCACAGACAAGGGAGUCGGGACAGACACAAAUCGCCACGAAGCAAAGAUGGCAGUCGAUCUGAGAAGUCCGUCACUAUCCAGACACCUCCUGCAGAGCCGCUCCUUGGGAAUGAUGCCUCUCGGGCAGAGGAGGGCCAGGAUGACAACUGGGGUGAGACCACGACAGCAAUCACGGGCACCUCCGAGCACAGUAUUUCCCAGGAGGACAUUGCCCGGAUCAGUAAGGAUCUAGAAGACAGCGUUGGGUUGGACUGCAAACGUUACCUGGGCUUAACAGUGGCAGCUGUUCUUGGACUCCUAGUCUUCCUUACCCCCAUUGCCUUCAUUCUGUUACCCCAGAUCCUGUGGCGAGAUGAUCUGGAGCCGUGUGGUACUGUCUGUGAGGGACUGUUCAUCUCUGUGGCAUUUAAACUCCUCAUUCUUCUGAUUGGGACCUGGGCUCUUUUUUUUCGCCAACCCAAGGCAGAUCUACCAAGGGUGUUCGUGUUUCGGGCCCUUCUGCUGGUCCUCAUAUUCCUCUUUGUGUUUUCCUACUGGCUCUUUUACGGCGUUCGCAUCUUGGACUCGAAGGACACCAACUACCAGGGAAUCGUGCAGUACGCGGUGUCUCUGGUGGACGCCCUGCUCUUCAUUCACUACCUGGCCAUUGUGCUGCUGGAGCUGCGGCAGCUGCAGCCCGUGUUCACUGUCAAGGUGGUUCGGUCAACGGACGGAGAGUCGCGAUACUACAGCUUGGGACACCUGAGCAUUCAACGAGCUGCACUGGUGGUUCUGGAAAAUUACUACAGAGAUUUCGCAGUCUACAACCCAGCCUUGUUAACAGCCUCCAAAUCCCGAGCCGCCAAGCACAUGGCUGGCCUGAAAGUCUACAAUGUUGAUGGCCCAGGUAACAACGCAUCGGGGCAGUCCCGUGCCAUGAUCGCAGCCGCCGCCCGCCGCAGGGACUCCAGUCACAACGAGCUCUACUACGAGGAGGCUGACCACGAGCGCCGAGUGAGGAAGCGCCGUGCCAGGCUUGUGGUUGCGGUAGAGGAAGCUUUCACUCACAUCAAACGCCUCCAGGCAGAGGAACAGCAGAAAGCUCCAGGAGAAAUGAUGGACCCCCGAGAAGCAGCCCAGGCAAUCUUCCCCUCCAUGGCCAGGGCUCUGCAGAAGUACCUUCGCACCACCCGCCAGCAGCAGUACCACAGCAUGGAGAGCAUCUUGCAACACUUGUCCUUCUGCAUCACCAACAACAUGACACCAAAGGCAUUCCUGGAGCGUUACCUCAACCCGGGCCCAACCCUCCAAUAUGACAGGGAUCGCUGGUUCUCCAAGCAGUGGACGCUCGUCAGCGAGGAAGCGGUCACAAGCGGGUUGCAAGACGGCAUCGUGUUUGUCCUCAAGUGCUUGGACUUCAGCCUUGUUGUUAAUGUGAAAAAAAUCCCCUUCAUCAAACUCUCAGAAGAGUUCAUAGACCCUAAAUCUCAUAAAUUUGUCCUCCGCUUACAGUCUGAGACUUCAGUCUAAGGGAUUUUGAGGGUGGGUUGUUUGGAGAUUUUUUUUUUUUCAAUAUUGUGCUUUUGGGUUUAAUUUCCCCAAUGCUGACUGAAACUGGCAGAUGAUGGACCAGUAAUAUUUGACCAUCUGCACUUUAUUUGGAAAGGGGAGGGGGGAGUUGAGAUACUUCUUUCUAGAUAAGAUAUCUUAAGAGGCAACAGGGUGACUUGGCUCAGUUAGCUCAGCCUUGGAGACAGAACAGAUUUUUUUUCUUUCCCCCUCUCUUUCCAGGCAUACUGUAAAUCUCACGCUCUCUUUUUCUCUGCACAAUUGCAACGUCAGUAUUUUUGUUGGAGUGCUGCCUUACGCCGUGUGCACGCCUGCUCUGUUGUGUCUCUUCUUUUGCUACCUGUGGCUGUUCCUGAGAGGGCGUUGCUCACCUCUCCGUUAUAGAAACCUGCUGGCACAGGGGUGCAGCAGUCCCUGUUCGCUCAGGGAGGAGGGAAUAUCAAAGGGCGGGUGUGUGAGUACUUCUAUUCUCUUUUAUUCUUUUCCUCUUCUCCAUGUGCCUCUUCUGUCAGUGCCAGACCUGUAUGAGCAUAGUGGGGUGGUUUCACUCCCUGUGAAAUUACUUGUCUUAAACUGGAUCAGUCCAUCUUUCAGCUUUUUGAAUUUUUAUUACUUUUUUUUAAUCAGUGCUUGUUAGUGAAAUUGUUUUGUGUGGCACAGCUCCCUGUUUUCUCUCACCUGCUUCCCUCUCUUCUGCUUGUCCACAUCGUUGUCGGGCACUCCCAAGGCUCCCUGUUUCUGUCCCCUUCUAUCUGGCUUUCUGAAUGUGUUUCUCCAGGCACUACCACUUCCUUUUGCACCUGCAAGGGCGUAUUUGCACUGGGACAGGGUCAGUGAAUAGCUGGCUCCUCCUCAGAUAAAUCACAGACCCUCCCUACAUCUGACAGCCUCUUUGAGGGGAAGGGGGUGCAGGCAGGAAUGUGCCCCUCCCUCUCGAGCCAGUUUCAAGUGUGUCUGGAGAAAAGACCAACAAAAGCACUUCCCUCCUUAAGGAGAGGAGCCAGGGAUGGGCUGACCCCUGCCAUGUUCACUUGCUUUGGAGAAUUGUUGUGCUCUGGAAACACUGCAGUGAGCCCUUCCCCACCUUACACCUUCAGCUGUAGCUAAAAAAUACCAAACGGUGUUCUGAAUGUUGAAAAUCUGCCUGCCUUUCUUGGCCUUGCUGUGCUGUGGGAGUUUCUGCUCAGUGCUGGGAUCUGCUCCUGAGAGAGGAGUUUUGUUUGUAAGGCUGCCUUUGCCUACCAGUGCAGCUGUCAUGUGUGAAUUCAGUGUCACCUGAGUUUUAUGAGGUUCUAGAAAGUUUGUUUUUAAUGAUGACCUAAAUCGAUGUCUGAAGACUGAUUGCCAGCACGGGAGCAUCACAUUCAAGUUCAGGUAACGUAGCUGCUAGGCUGGCAUCGACCUGCCUUCAGUCAGGUACCCCUGAGAUCCAUGUGAAUGUAAAUGUUCAAUUCAUUCUGCUCAGUCUUUUGCCAUGCAAAUAUCCCUUAUCAGGCAGGAUCUGGCCUGCCCUCUGGAACUAGGGCCUUCUUCCUUAUGUUAGCCAGUGCCUUUCAUUGCCAGACUGCACAGUCUUCUGAGGAAGGCUGUAACAGCCCCACCUGUCCCCUUUGGCCUUUCCCUGGGCUCCUCCAGGAGCUCAUGGGGCUGCCUCCAUGCUCCCACCAGGGUGAGGUGACCAAACAAAGAGUGGGGCUAUGCCAGUCCUGCGUGGCACAGCAGGUGUGGGCUGACUGGUGCCCACCACGAGCUGGUGGGAGGGAGCAGCCUCCUUAAGCAGGAAUGCUGGGGACAGGGCAGGAGGGUCCAUCCUCUUCAGCAGCAAUGCAGAUGCAUGUCCAGCAGCCCCUGUGAAUAGUCCUCUUGGGAUCAAGGAAACACCCUGGGGAGAAAGAGUCUAAAGUGAUGAUUCCCCAUCCAAGGGACCCCUGCAGUUUCCUUUGCCUUUCUUACAAGUGUGUGGUAGUCUCCUGGAUCCUUUUUUUUCCCUGUAAUGUGCCAGAAGUGAUUGUGAAGAAACUAGAUGGCAUGAUACGUGAUGGGAUUAGGCCCUUUGCCCUUAAAGGAUGGGAAGUAGGUAGAGUUUUCUCUUCUCUAAAAACUCAGUGUUUGGAUUUCUGUGUAGAUCAACUUUCUGGUAGUCUGUAUGGGGACUCCUUUAUUGCCUGUGGCCUUUGCAGUGUUUUACUUUGAAAAAAUAGGUGGGUUUAUUCCUUUAAAAAAAAAAAAAAAAAAAGGAGAGCAUAUAGUAUCUUACACUUGGCUCUCCUAAAGAUAUCUGCACCUGGCUUUUAUGAUGUGCAUAACCAGUAGGGUGGGAGAGACUGGGAGUAGCUUGGGAGACUGUGGAGCGCUUAAUGCCUGUGUGGAGGCUACUGCCUGUGGCUGAAUUGGCUCAUUUCUGUGAAGCCAGAACAAGAACCACCUUGCCGGGGGCUUGGGUGUGCCAUGUAUGUGAGAGCACCUUGUCACAGGCACAUCUGCAAAACUUUCUUACUUUCCCAGGAUUUCCUUCCCCUUUCCUUUUCCCUGCCCCACGAGGGGGGUUGUCUGACACUAUCUGCUCAGGAAACUCACGUCUUAAUUUUGUUAAAUCCUUUAACACAUGGAGAACCAGACAGAAGCGGUAUGUGCUCGCUCUGGGUCUGCUUCCUCAUCUUUGUGCUGUAGUUCCAUGCUGCCUUUUCUGUCUGCUGCCAAAAAAGGACACUGUCAGUGGGGGCCAACUCCUACAUUAAAUACUCUUCCCUAUGUCAGCAGCGUGAAUGCUUUGCCUGAUGACAUCUGAAGGAAACGACUUGGCCUCUCAAACGAUCUCCUUGGAGAUGCAGCCUGCUUAGAGAUGAGGACAGACUC